AUGGCGGGUAUCUUUCGGACUAUUUAUGACUGGCUCCUGAGGAUGUUCUGGUUCGGCUUGCUAAGAGCGGUACUUUGUACUUCGAAAUUGCAGGGCGACGGAGAUGGAUGUCACCAUGAUCGGGCUUCAGAAUGCAGGGAAAUCGUCACUUUUGCGCGUGCUUGCGCCGUAAAAGUUGUCAUUUCUCUUGCUAAACCUCCCCACAGUUCUAUCCCCACCAUUGGCUUCAACACGAAGCGGGUUCAGAAAGGCCAUGUGACCUUGAAAUGCUGGGAUCUCGGAGGCCAACCACGGUUCCGACCAAUGUGGGAGCGAUAUUGCCGCGGUGUAAAUGCGAUAGUGUACAUCGUUGAUGCAGCAGACCGCGCUGCACUUCCGGUCGCCACAGAUGAGCUGCACGAGUUGAUGAACAAGCCCACUCUUGAAGGUAUUCCGCUGUUGGUCCUUGGGAAUAAGUCCGACCUUCCGAAUAAGCUGUCCGUCGAUGAACUGAUUGAUGCGAUGGAUUUGAAAUCCAUUACCCAUCGCGAAGUGAGCUGUUAUGGGAUCAGUGCCAAAGAAGAGACUAACCUUGAUGCUGUUCUGCACUGGUUAAUCGCCAAAGCCAGUCGAUGA